ACACAGAGAACUGCAGUACAGAGGGGAUUUUGGAGAGGAGCUCUGAUUCACACAGCUGGCUGGAAAGAGCUUUAUGCUUUGCAAGGAAUUAUUAGAUUGAAUAUCAAGCCUAUUGAUACCAUUUUCUAUUUAGUUUUAAAUCUCAAUGUUUGGUAUUUGGCUUUUUAUUCAAUAUAUUAAGGAUGAAAAGACACUAAAAGCUUAAUUUUUUAUUUUAUUUAUUAUUGUUGGCCAGGAAUUAUUAUCCCCGAAAUUAAAGGAAGAAAAGAAAAAUAAAUAAAUUCAUAAAAAUACUUUUUUUUUUUUUAAUGUUCUGGAAUAUGCAAACUAUCUAUUUACUUUUAUCUGUCUUCCUGGGGGCUCUGUCGGCAGGUAUCGAUGCCCAGCGACGGGGUACAGAUGGUAAUGGCAGGCGAUAUAAUCGCAUCCAGCAAGGACAAUGCUCUUAUACCUUUAUCUUGCCUGAAAAUGAAGGCAACUGCAAAGAGGGAACAACAGACAAAUACAACACCAACUAUCUUCAGAGGGAUGCUCCACUGGUGGACCAGGAGUUUUCUACACAGAAAAUACAACACCUUGAACAUAUCAUGGAGAAUUACACGCAGUGGCUUCAAAAGAUUGAAAACUAUAUUCAGGAGAACAUGAAGACCGAGAUGGCUCAGAUUCAGCAGAAUGCUGUCCAAAACCACACAGCCACCAUGCUGGAGAUAGGCACCAGUUUGUUGAGUCAGACAGCAGAGCAGACACGGAAACUUACAGAUGUUGAAACUCAGGUUUUAAACCAAACAUCUAGACUUGAAAUCCAGCUGCUGGAGAAUUCAUUGUCAACGAAUAAACUGGAGAAGCAGCUGCUGGUACAGACCAAUGAAAUCACCAAACUUCAUGAGAAAAACAGCUUCAUGGAGAGUAAAAUCAUUGGGAUGGAGGACAGGCACAAGGAGGAGCUGGAGACUUUGAGGGACGAGAAAGAGAGUCUCCAUAACCUACUGGGACGACAAAGUAACAUUAUCCAGGAGCUUGAAAAGCAGUUGAACAAGGCCACUAGCAACAACAGCAUUCUGCAGAAACAACAGCUGGACCUCAUGGAGACGGUCCACAGCCUCGUUAACCUCUGCUCCAAAGAGGGAGUUGUACCAAACAGUACGAAAAGAGCUGAAGAAGAAAACAGGUUUAGAGACUGUGCAGAUGUAUACCAUGCUGGUUUUAACAAAAGUGGGGUAUAUAAUAUCAAUAUCAACAACAUGUCAGAGACUAAAAAGGUCUAUUGUAACAUGGAGGCCGUCGGGGGCGGUUGGACAGUCAUACAGCACCGAGAAGAUGGAAGUGUGGACUUCCAAAGGACAUGGAAAGAGUAUAAAAUGGGUUUUGGGAGCCCAUCUGGUGAGCAUUGGCUUGGAAAUGAAUUUGUUUUCCUGCUUACCAGUCAGCGGCAGUAUUCGCUGAGAAUCGAACUGACGGAUUGGGAUGGAACUCAAGCAUUCUCUCAAUAUGACCGGUUUUAUAUUGGGAAUGAGAAGCACAAUUACAGGUUGUUUCUAAAAAGUCACAGUGGGACUGCAGGGAAACAGAGCAGUCUGGUUAUACAUGGUGCAGAUUUCAGCACUAGAGAUGCUGACAAUGAUAACUGUAUCUGCAAGUGUGCUCUGAUGCUAACUGGAGGUUGGUGGUUUGAUGCCUGUGGACCUUCUAACCUAAAUGGGAUGUAUUACAAAUCAGGACAGAACCUUGGAAAACUAAAUGGUAUAAAAUGGCAUUACUUCAAAGGCCCCAGCUAUUCCCUGCGUGCUACAGCCAUGAUGAUUCGACCUUUGGACUUCUAAAUAAAACUUGACAUUAACGCUGUUGACACAACUGGCAUCUGAAGAAAGGACUUUGUAAGAAAUCUUCACUGUAAUGGCCAAGGAAUAUGAAACUGGUACUUCCUUGUAAUGUAAUGGUGCUACCAAACUGAUGGCACUGUAGGACCAAGUCAGCAAAUUUUGGGGCUUAUACACUUUAGCUGAAUUUGGCUGUGAAACUGUUGGCUGGGGUUGUCAUGGUUAUGGAAUUGUGGGUGAAGAAAACUGGGAUAUACAGUAUCUAUACUGUAAAUUGGGCGUUCCAAGGUGAAUAUUGUAAAAAACUGUCUCGUCCCAAAUGACUGGCUGAGGUAUAACUAAAAUAUGAUGUGGCUAAAAAAAACAGCUGGCGACAGCCUUCUCCAUUAGAGAUGUAGUAUAAUGUAUUGUUUUUCUAUUUUUAGUGUUUUGCUUGCUUUCUUUGUGCAGCUAUUUUCCAUCAGUAUUGGGGAAAAAAGAAUAAUAGUGCUGUGUUUUACAGAACAAACAAACAUCAUUAAGGGGCUAUUUUUUUUUCAUCAAGUCUUGGAUCAUGGGAGCAUCGAACCACUAUUUACAAAACGUUAACUCACACAUUAACAUUUUAAAUGUUAUAGACUCUCACUAAGCUUAAUGGUUAUGUUGAAAUAUAAGAAUAGGGGAUUACCCAGGCAACCUCACUAUUACAACAGGUUAGGUGAAGGUUAUAUGUUUCUCUUUACUUCCCCUGAGUUGACAAGUGGGGUGCAGCAUUGAGGUGAGAAUUAAAUUGGCCACUCUAAAUAAAAAAUAAAAAAAUACAGAAAUAGAAGAAUAGUCUCCAAACAUUUUUUUAGACAGUCAAACAAAUCUUAAAAAAUAGUAAAUCAUAUUUAAUAAUGAAAAAAAUACAAAAACCACGCUUGAAAUAAAGUAUAGUUAGGCACAGGUCAUUGAAUACCCACAUACCUGUCCUUUGUAGAAAUUCUGAACUGUAACUUCUGCUGAGGAACUGGUUAAAAUUUGAUCCUCAAAGCUAUUUACUCAUAUAAAAAAAAAAAAACGGAACACCAGUUACAUGAAUAAGAAAUUCUUAAUGUGAGACUUUUACAAGCCCAGAAACUAAAUGUUUCAGUUAUUUUAUUUCUAGGUUGGUAACUUCAUUAGUGUGGUUUUUAUUUCAAAAACAGCUUUGAAAAUCUAGCUAAUAAUUUCCAUCACUAAAUAGUCUCAAAUGAUAUAUAAUAAA